CUUCCACUACAAUCCACCAAGUCGACACUCAAGACGCAGCACGAGGCGCAUGACGUAGCAAAAAUGUCGGGUUUCGCCCGCGAGCUCACUUCCUGCCGGGGUCACGUUGUUGCCAGCGACCUCUUUGUUGGAUAGUAGAGCUGGAGGAUAGAGCUCUCACUUUCGGCGCGACAGUGCCUGACGGCACGGAACCUGCACGAAAUGAGCUCUAAUCACAGAGACAAAGCUUAUUGUUAAGCUCCUGAUCCAAGUGUAGUACAGUACUUCACUUCCCGUGUCCUUUUUGCCCUCUUCUUGCCCCACCGUCACACCCUCGCCCAAUGCGCUCCUCUGGCAUGUGCGCCUUCCGCCUCGUCCGACUGGAAGACAUGAGGGACGCUCGCUUCGACACACGGCUGCACAUUGAUGCCAUCCGGUCAGGCAUCGCAAAGGUUGCGUCACAGAACGAGAUGGGCCGCGAUGCAGCCUGGAGCUGUGGUCCCAACAGCGUGUGCCGCGCCAUGGCUAUGUUGGGUCUGGCAAUGGACCGCGACCUUGCACGCAACUUCAUGCUGCAUUCGCCGCGCGCCUGGGCCCACCUCCCCAUUGGCCCGCGACCCAAGCACCUGGCCGCGCACACUGAACACUGGUUCCCCGAGGCACACCCUCGCGCUGAGGACAACAACCACACGCGCGACGCUCCCAAUUGGGUCGCAUUUGUCGCCAAGGCGCGCGGUGAGCUGCAGUGCCAGCGUCCAGUGACGCUCCUUUGGGCCGUCAACAACACUCAGAUGCACUGGGUCAACAUCGUCGCUAGUCAGGGCACUGAUCGCGUCGUUUUUCUCGAUACCAACGGCUGCCUGUAUGAGGUGGCAUGGGAGGAGCUGCAUCACCUGGCGGACAAGAAGGGGACCCAUCUGAGCAACCUGGGUAUCUUGUCGACUUACAACUGGCUGGCGUAUGCGACGACGACGACGCGCAUGGAUCGACUGCUGGGUGGCGUCAAUGCGGCAUGUUGCCCCGACUUUUACCACACCGUCUACAAGCUCGACGGCGGCCAUUUUUACCGACAUGGCCAGGCUGAGGGGCGAGUAGGUGCUGCAUGGUGCCACCCCGGAUGGUACCGUGAGCAGUACCCUGACGGCACCUCGCUCGGCUUGCAAAACACCGUCGAGCACAUGCUCACCAUUGGACUCGCCGAAGGGCGGCGGUUGUCUCCUCACUUCGAUCCGCUCGCCUACCUCGCCUUUCACGCCGACCUCGAGAGAGUCUUCUUCCGAGAGCGAGGCUUGCGUGGGUGGGAGCUGCACGCCGCCCUGCUCGAGCAUUACAUUCGCCAUGGUCUGGACGAGGGACGCACCGCAGACCACUCGCUGUGCUUUGCAGCCUAUUUGUGUCGUUACCCGGACCUGCAGGCGGCCUUCGGACCCAGAGCGUAUAAGCGCGCAGCCAUGCACUGGUACGAAUAUGGCAUUGCGGAGCGACGCUCGAGCGCUGGCUGAGGAGCCGCGAUCCCACUCCUUGUGCUACCUUUCUUGUUUGAAUAAUGCGUCACAUGUCCAUCGCAACGAUGAUAGUAUUGAGGGUCUGC